GGAAACGGGCCAGAUCAAGCCGGGCGCCCCGCGUGCUCCGGCCCUCCCGGAAGGACCGCUCCCUGGCGGGAGGCAGGCCCCGAGCGCCCCUUGCUGGUGAGACCCCUCGGAGGAUCGGGUCCCAGCCCGGGGGCAAACGGAGCUUCCCUCCCCCUGGAGACUUGGCGGCCGGAGCAGCGGGGCGGGCGAGCCCUUGUUUCCCGGGGGAGCGUGUGACUGAGGCGCAGCCGGCCGGGGUGGGCAGCCGCCAUGGCGCAGCCGACGGGCCCCGUGGCCCGGCUCAGCGGGAUCAGCAGGGAGCGCUUUCGGCAGGACAUUUACCCGCUGAGAAAGCCAGCAGUGCUGAAAGGAAUAGACUUGGGCACUUGCACAACCAAAUGGACAGUGGAUUACCUCAGCCAAACAGCAGGAUCUAAAGAAGUAAAGAUUCAUGUUUCCACAGUGCCACAGAUGGACUUCCUCAGUAAGAACUUUGUAUAUAGAACAUUGCCUUUUGAUGUGUUUGUACGGAGAGCAGCUGAAGUCAAACAUAACGAGUACUUUAUAUCUGAGGAUGAGAAAUACUACUUGCGAUCACUGGGUGAAGACCCACGAAAGGAUAUUGCAGAUAUCAGAAAGCAGUUUCCUUCAUUAGCAGAAGAUAUUCAGAUCCCAGAAUAUUUUGAAAAGGAACAGUUCUUCUCCAGUGUCUUCCGCAUCAGCUCAGCAGGACUGCAACUCUGGACACACUAUGAUAUAAUGGAUAACUUCUUAAUCCAGAUAACAGGAAAAAAAAGAGUUAUACUGUACAAUCCUCGAGACGCACCAUAUUUGUAUUUAGCAGGCACUAAAUCAGAGGUCUUAAAUGUGGAUAACCCAGACCUGGAGAAAUAUCCCCUUUUUAUGAAAGCCAGGCGCUAUGAAUGUUCUCUUGAAGCAGGCGAUGUGUUGUUCAUUCCAGCUUUAUGGUUCCAUAAUGUAAUUUCUGAAGAAUUUGGAGUGGGAGUGAAUGUCUUUUGGAAGCAUCUUCCUUCUGAGUGCUAUGAUAAGACAGACACCUAUGGAAACAAAGAUCCUACAGCAGCUUCCAGAGCUGUACAGGUUUUGGACAGGGCUUUGAAAACACUGGAGGAACUGCCUGAGGAAUAUAGGGAUUUUUAUGCCCGAAGAAUGGUUUUACGCAUCCAGGAAAAAGCCUAUAGCACUAACUAUGAAUAAACAGUCAACAAGUCAACCAAGCUCCUCUGAAAGUAGAGAGCAGUACAGAUAUGGAUACUGUACCUGAAGACGCUUUGAGAAGAUCAAUAAAAACAUUGUUUGUGGAUGAAUACUUA